AUGGGGGCCGUUGGUGAGACAUCUUCGGCCAAUCCGCGGGUGACUCCGGCGACUCGCACAGGCAAGUUGGUGGUCCCCAGAUACCGACGUCCCGGGACAUAUGGCUUUGUGGGAGACAACAUCCGAUCCACUGGGCGGCCGCAUUGUAGCUUAGUCUUCCAGAAUGCCUUCGAUACAUUGGUGGAGUUCCUACCGCAGAAGACCGCCAUACAGGUGGUCGACGUUGGAAGCAUGUUGGGUGACUGCUGUCUUUGGACCUUGAAACGUUUGGGCGACAUGUCUGGCGCGUGGAGAUCACCUCGAUGCCGGGCAUAUGAGUCCGAUGAGCUCUGGGCGCGCUUGGCGCUCACCUCCGCAGAGCUCAAUGCGCUUUCCCAUGCGAUGACGGUGCAUCACGUGAUGGUCUCGGCGCGCGGCCAAAGCUCGUUAGAUGCGUUACUGAGCGAUCUGGGAGAUGAUCCAUGGGUUUUAAAGAUCCACACCGACGGCAGUGAGCUCGACCUCCUCCAAGGUGCUCCGCGGCUCUUAUCCGCGGGCCGCCUGCAGUUCGCAUUACUGCGGAUGGAGUCACAGUUACAGCUGCAAGAUGGCCGCUACCGGCCACCGCCCAGCGCCUGGCGAGCCUGGAUGAGGAGCAGUGGGCUUCACCACCACUACGAGCUCCGCUUCUGCCACCACGAGGCGCUCCUCGUGGCCAAGCGCCAGUGGGCGACCCGGGCCCUGCUCAGCCGGAACCUGAACUUCACGCGCUGA